CUGUGACAUCAAGAUCGAGAUCGAGACCAAAAGAAGAAAACACGAGGCCAGCUGGGACACAUGUGCUCACCUCAAAGGGCACUGUGAGAGCCCUUCAUCGCCACCACUAAAAGGGAGAGAGAGAGGGAACGUGGAGGAGUGUUGUAUCCAGCCACCAGAAGCAUACCAGGGGAGCGUGGCAAGGGGCGUCAUGGAGUACAUCAGCCCCCAGCAGCCCGUAGCAGGAGUGAUUCUGUGUUGUGACUGUGGUGCACAGAUCCAGCCCAACCCAACCAACCGCUGCAUUGCUUGCAUACGUGCACGUAAUGACAUCUCAGAGGGCAUCCCCAAGCAACACACACUGUACUUCUGCCGAGGCUGUGAGAGAUACCUAGACCCACCAGCCACCUGGGUGCCAGCAGCCCUCGAGUCCAAAGACCUGUUGAAACUCUGCCUCAAGAAGAUGAAAGGUCUUAACAAGGUGCGACUGGUAGAUGCUGGGUUUGUGUGGACUGAGCCACACUCAAAGCGUAUCAAGGUGAAGCUGGUGGUGCAGAAAGAGAUUCAGGCUGGGGCAGUGUUGCAGCAAGACUUCAUUGUGGAGUAUGUGAUAGCAGGUCAGAUGUGUGAUGACUGUCAUCGUGUUGAAGCCAAGGAUUACUGGCGGGCUGUGGUGCAGGUACGUCAGAAAGCUGACCAUAAACGGACAUUUUACUACCUGGAGCAGUUGAUCAUGCGUCACAAUGCCCACGGGAAAGCACUGGGCAUCAAACCUGUACAUGAAGGACUUGAUUUCUACUUUUCCAAUGAACAAGGUGCACGUCAUUUGGUGGACUUCUUCAGUUCAGUUGUUCCCUGUCGCUGGACCCACUCCAAGAAGCUCAUCUCCCACGACAUCCACUCUAACUGCUAUAAUUACAAACUUACAUUUAGUGUGGACAUUGUACCAGUGUGCAAGGACAGUGUUAUCUGUCUUCCCAAGAAACUGGCACACCAGCUUGGCGGCAUUGGGCAGGUCUGUGUUGUGCAGCGCAUCACCAACAACAUCAGUGUGAUUGAUCCUUCCACAGCCCAGUUUGCUGAAAUCAGCAGCUCUGUUUAUUGGCGGAACCCUUUCGGUACCCUGUGUUCCUCCAGAAACCUGACAGAAUUUAUUGUGAUGGACACCAAUGAGGCAGAUGUCAAACACUUCACUGGACAGGGACAAAUCUCACACAAGCAUCAAGUGGCAGAAGUGUGGGUGCAGCGGAGCAGUGAACUGGGCACAGACAACAUGAUCUUCUGCAGGACGCACCUGGGUCACCUGCUCGCCCCUGGAGAUACUGUUAUGGGCUUUGAUCUUCGCAUGUCCAAUGUCAAUGAUUCCAACAUUGACAAAAUGAGUGAGGACACUGUGCCUGAUGUGGUAUUGGUGAAGAAGGUGUUUGCUGAUAAGGCCACACGUAAUGCUCGCCGUCGAUGGAAGCUGAAGCACCUCACCGUGGAUGAUGAUGCUGGCAGCCAGAACAGGGAUUAUACUGAUUUCCUUGAGGAUCUGGAGGAGGACCCACAAUAUCGCACAAAUGUCAACAUCUACCGUGAUGAGACCAAAGUGGCUGCUGUGUCAGAGGCAGCUGAUGAGGCGGUGGAAUUGCCUCAGGUCAGUCUUGAGGAGAUGCUGGAAGACUUGAUCCUUGAUGGAGGUGCAGCUGCAAAAAGUGUGGAAGAGAUGAUGGAGUGAAAACAGUAGAGAAAUCCAAUAUAUUGUUAUUUCUUUGAAAA